UAUGGACUGCUGCCUCUGCCAAUUUAAAAAUACUAUUGAGGUUGUCUGUAAGACACUCAAGCUGCGUUGUGACAGUGAAUGCCUGACAGACGUGACACCUUGUGAUGAAGAAACAUCUAUACGGAAUGCAGAAGGAUCGUUGAUGAAGGUGUUACAAGCCCGCAAGAACACCACCACCACUGAGCUGACUAUUGAGUCAGAGAGGGCGUCAUCAGAUAAAAGUGCUGUCACCUUGUCAGGCUUCAUGAAUGAGCAGCUGGACUUUAAGAAUAAAAGUGAUAUUAUCAGUACACUAAAUGACAUACUGCCUUAUACCUCAGAGGGAAAUCUCGGAGAUGUGGAAUCAACAUUAUUACCAUUCAUUCAGCUUCUGUUUUCGAAUACAAAAGAUGGAGAUAUGCCGCAGGGCCUUUUGAAAAACAGUACAAGGAGCCCUUCUGUUACACCUGUACCCAACACUUCAACUAAUAAAAACAAAUUGAGGAAACUCCAUUUUGCGGAAAAUUUGUUAGCUGCAGAAACUCAAGAAAAAAUUGAUGAGGUUAAAAAGGAAGAAAAACCUGCCACGCGUACGCGUUCCAACAUUUCAAGUGCCACGUUUAAAAGCUACAUCUUUCAAAAGAAAUUGCAAACUGCCCAACCACAGAAAGACAGCCUCGCAAACACUGAGAGUACAGAGGAAAGGCUGCUGAGAGUGAACAGGGUCCUCAAGGGCCCAAGGGGCAUACAGAAAAUGCACCUCAAAGCAGUGGGAGAUGAGAGCGUCAGGGGGAAACAGAAUGCCCAGCCAUCUGAGGCGAACACUGCUGAAGAAAGAAGGCUCAGGAGGCCAUCCCCAAGAAAGCUGAAACAGCUUCUCAUGGUUCAGAGUCCCAGGAAGCUGGUGGGAAAGUCCUCCAAUGCAGAGUCUUCAUUCAUAAAGGAACACAAGGCAGCAGGCUCCUCUUCCUGGAAACAGUACUUCAAGGGCAGGCCUUUUGCCUCCAUCCCUCCAAAAUCCCCAUCUGACGUUAAAAGCACAUCAAAAGACUUAUCCAACACUCUUCAUGUUUUAGAGGAUGCGAAGGCUAGAACUAGAAACAUUAAGGACUUCGAACUAAUCUCACAUUCUGGAAAAAAAUACAUCUUCCAUAAAAUUAGGUUUCAUCGGGUCCACAGAAAACCCAAAGGCAAAAGGAGUGGAAAGUUCAGAAAGAAAAGUUCACUCAAUAGAAUGAUGCUUGCAAGCCCUCCGUUCUCUGUACUGAGGAGUCUCAUAAAUUCCCCUCCACGAGAGGCUGUUUCAUCUUCAGGAGAAGUGACUUCUCAGGAAAAGCCUUUUCCAGAAUUAUUUUCUCUUUCAGACCCUUCUACAGAAAACACUACUUCAGAAAACAGUACUGCACAAAAUGUUUCUGAAGAAAUUAUUUCUACAGGAAACUCUACUCUGCCAGGAGGAACCGGCCCUGGAAACACUACCCAUAGGAACGUGUCCACUGCACAUUCUACUGUUGCUGCAGACAACAGUAUGCCAACUGUUCAACACACCAACCAAACACGAUGGGAGUACCACAACACGGGCACCGAAUUAUCCUCUAAGCCCACAGGCUUCGCUUUCCCAGGGCUCACAUCCCCGGGUGAUCAAGUUGAAACUCAGCUAAACCAGCAGCUACGGUCCCUCAUCCCCAACAAUGACGUGCGAAGGCUCAUUUCUCAUGUUAUCCAGACUUUAAAAAUGAACUGCUCGGAGACCCACGUGCAGCCGGCCUGUGCCAACCUCAUCUCUAGAACAGGCCUCCUGAUGAAGCUUCUCAGCAAGCAGCAAGAUGUAAAUGUGUCCGAAGCGGAGGGGGAUACGGACCAGUGGAAAGCUGACAACUACAUCAGUGAGAGCACAGAAGCCCAGAGUGAGCAGAAAGGGCAGGAGUCAAGUGAGCUCACAAAAGAAGUUCCAGCAUAUGGCUAUAACAACAGACUCAUCUUGGCAAUAUCCAUAUCUGCAGUAGUGACGAUUUGGGUUACAAUUCUCUGUCUCAUUGAGAUUUAUUCUCAUAGAAUUGCAAAUGAGGAGGAUAAAAAAAGAAGCAGAAGGGGCUUUUUUAGAUUUCUGCGGCGUAAGAGAAGCUCAGGGGAAAGUGAGAGUCAGGAGGGCGAUUUCGGGAGAAGGCGGCCACUUUGGCUUAAGGAUACCUAUAGGCCCCUCAACGCCACAUGCAUGGAAAACAUGGCACAAAAGCUACAUGACAGGGAGUCUUCUGAUGAGGAUGAGAUAUUCUAUAAGGAUGCAGGGGAAGUCAUCAAAGCCCCAGCAGAGAAGCUUCUGGCUGCCUAUUGGAUUGAUGAAGAGGCGGGUGAGGAAAGUGAGACAGCACACGAGACUGCCACAGAGUGAGCCCUGUUCUGACUCAAGCCACCUGCAAAUGUUAUUUUCUUCUUAAAAUGGCUUCUCAUAUUGGCUUCUCAGCAUAGCCUGUAAAAAUACUUAUUUUUCUGAUAUUAAAAUGUAUAAAUUCAUAACCAAAUUUAA